AUGUAUAGAUUUAAGAAUAUUCAUAGACCAUUAGCGCAAUUUUCGCAAUCAUUGCGAAAUUUUGCAUUAGAAUCAGUAGAAAAGCUAGAAGUUGAUAAACCACACAUCCCUGUAAUGAAAGAUGAAGUAUUAUCAUACUUAAAACCAACCGGUUUAAUCCUCGAUGGAACUUUCGGCGCUGGUGGCCACAGUCGAGCAAUACUAGAAUCAUCACCAACUUGUAAAAUCCUAGCAUUGGAUAGAGAUCCAAUUGGAAUACAAUACGCUGAAGAACUAAGCAAAGAAUUUCCGGGACGUGUUAUUCCUUUACAAGGAAAGUUUUCGGACCUUCCAGUUCUUUUUCAACAACAUAAUAUAAAACGUAAUUCACUCGAUGGCGUUUUAUUUGACUUUGGAUGCUCAUCAAUGCAAUUCGACACAGCGGACAGAGGUUUUUCCAUCUCGAAAAACGGACCGCUUGAUAUGCGCAUGACACCAACACCUGGAGAACCUACAGCAGCCGAUGUUCUCGCAUCAGUCACCGAGGAAGACUUGUACAAGAUCUUAAAAUAUUACGGAGAAGAAAAACACGCACGCAAAAUAGCCCGCGGCAUUAUUGAAGCAAGAUAUCUUUUUAAAAGAUUAACAACCACUGAAGAAUUAGCUGAUUUAGUACAAUCUUGUUAUGCUGAAGAUGUUUACCUUAAAGAUAAACUUCAGAGGCCUUCACACGUUGCUACAAAAACAUUUCAAGCAUUACGGAUAUUCGUAAAUAACGAAUUGAAUGAAAUUAACUAUGGAAUGAUAAUGGCGGCGCAUUAUUUAAAGAUUGCUGGGAGAUUGGUUACAAUUACCUUUCAUUCCUUGGAAGAUACAAUUGUAAAGCGGCAUAUUUCCGGAAAUGUUGUCGCGAAUACUGCUAAUCCGCUACCGUUGAAGUAUAUGAGCAGCACGUUGCAGAUUGAUGAUGAAGUGGUGCAGGAAGCCAUGGAUAGCAACUGGAAAAUGCUGCAUAAGCAUGUUAUUCUUCCGGAAUUUCAAGAAGUUGAAGAUAAUCCAAGGAGUAGGUCGGCUAAGAUGCGAGCGGCUGUGAAAAUUCAAUAAAUUUUGAAUAUUUUGAAGAAUAUCUAAGAAUUGGUCUCCAAAGUGACGAAUGACUGAAAAUAAAACUUAAAACAAAAUGCAAACACUGACGAAUUGUUGCGAGAUGAAUUAUUGAUGCAAUAAUUCCGCUCCUGACGCCCUAGCGACGGUAAAAUUAAAUUUAAAAAUAAAUAGAGAGAAGCGUAUUUCGUUACAGACAUUACAAACUAAUCAAA